AUGCGACUCGCUCCGCUCGUCACAUCGCGGACACCUCGACUCGACAUCGGCGUAGAGCCGAGUAUGAUGAUGCACGUGCCGUGCAGGGUUCAUACCAUGCCAACUUGCGAGGAAGAGACAGAGUUGCAGAUGCUACUGCUCAUGCGUAGACAGCUACGAGAAGGAAGGCGUCGAGCACAGCAAUCUCGGGGAUGUUCCACCUUGAAUGAAGCAUCCCUGACAAUCACUCAUCCAAACUAUGCCGUCGAAUAUCGCUCCCACCGCUGUAUCAUCUUAGGAUGCCACUUUGCCGCGGCCGCACUCAGCUCCGCUGAUGCGCCCCGUCCCGCCGGCUCGUCGGCCUCCCCAACCCCAUCACCUCGAACUUUCUGUCCGCCGGUUUGGGCGAGCCUGCGAGGCCGGAGCAAGAGUCCAGCCGCGCCGAGGCGCUCGGCACUUUCCGUAGACCGAGAGAGCGAGCCGACGCGUUGA